AUGAUUGAGCACCAAAGGCCAGACGAAAAAUCCAGUUCACAAUCAGACAAAAGCAAAUCACUUGCAGAAGAAGGAGAGGUUCAACAACCGGAUGGAAACAAAUCCAAUCCAAAGGUCGGUUUAGACCCGGAGCAUGGAAAAGGGAACAGUCCAAAUGAUUCCAGCGAUGCAGAUGCAACCCCAACUGAAGAUGAGGAUAUUGAUGAGUCAGAGGCUCUGCCAGAGGCCAGUAAAGGUCAACCUGGUCAAUCAGAGGCCAGCAAAGGUAAGCGAGGUCCAUCGCAGGCCAGUAAAGGUCAACCAGGUCAAUCGCAAGUCGGUACAGGUCAACGUGAUGGUGCUACAGAAGGUCAACCAGGUUCAACCAUGGCAUCCCGGUCAGCUGUAGGGUCAAAAGGACAAAAAAGUUCAGGGGCAUCCAAGCAAAACAAUUCGCAGUUGAAGAACACUGAUUCGUCCUACACUUACAAUGUGCCGUCUACUAGUGUGAAAACUCCUAGUGGCAGAUAUCCGGAAGGCAUGGAAAAAAAAGAAAGAGAGUCCAAGGCUAGCGCAAAAACUAUGAGUCAAGAUGGUGGCGGAAACAGUAAAGCCCCCGACACCAAAGUCGCUGGAGGCACCCAAGCUACGCAGUCGCUAUCCAGGUCAGUCGUGGACGACGGAAAAACCACAACUCAGGGUGGCACUAGAGCCGAUAUGUCAAAGAGCCGAAAAAGUGGCGGCGGUGGCGGAGCGCCAACUGAACCCGGCGAUUCAAAACUGUCCAAAUCCCGUUCGGUUGUUGGUACUGAUUCACAAAUUAGCGAGGAUACUUACAUUGUGCCGAAUAAUGAAGAAAAGGGAAGCCAAGGGAGUUCCCAGUUUCCCGAAGGGCUGGACUCACAAGAAAGGGAAGAUUACGCCGGAAGAAGUAAAAGAUCAAAGUCGGCUGGGAAGUCGCAAAAAAACUCGAAUCCGAGUAAAUCUCACGUCGCCUCCGACGAAUCAUUGCUUUCCCAAGUAAUAAAAGCCGACAAGGAAAACAAGUCGGAUGUGAAAUCGAAAACCGGAUCCCAAAGUGAACUUGAAAGCAACGAGGCUGGCUCAAAACCUCCCACUGGCAAGAGCGGAACGAAAGCAUCCAGAAGAUCGAAUUACUCGCAAAACGAGUUGUCGGCAAACCCGAACUCGAAAAGCAUCGUUCAAACAUCUUCCUCGGAUCCUGAUAAAAGUGGCGAAGGUGAUGACUCAGCCGACAAAACUCUAACGAGACACUCAAAGCCGAGACAAAGCAGCAAGUCGCGAGGCAGUUUGCGAAACGGAAAAAGAAGCGAGGCGUCGAAAGACCCUGACUCAACAGGAAGAUUCGAAGAGCCGGAGGGAACUAGAUCCGAUUUGAAGACCGAGAGUUUGUCGCCGGAUCUGAAAAACAGUCGGUCCAUUUCAGCUUCAACGACUAAUAGGGGAAGCCAGACUGCGGAUAUGAGUCGUACUCGAGGAACAGAUAGUCGGAUUACAUCUUCGGCUGGUGGGACUGGGACUACAAACACGACGGGUAAAUCAGACUCUCAGGGGAAAAGCGGCAACACUUCCAGUUCAUUGAACCCAUUCGAAGAGUACUCCGGGAAGGAGGAAAACUCGGGAGAACCCCAAGACGCGAGACGAGAGGCGCCGAAUAAGUCGUUAAAAAGCAAUGGAAUGUUAAUAGCAUUCGGCAAUACACAAGAUACUAAAGAUACUAAAAGUUUUGUAAAGAAGUUUUUGAGAGUUCAUGAAUGCUUAUGA